AUGGCUCCAAAGAAGAAAUCCCAAAAACAGAAGGAUAUAACUUGGGAUCAUUGUAAAUCCCUUGUGAAUAGGUUGAAUGUUAAAUGUAACUAUUGUCCCAAAACAAUAUGGGGAGGAACAUUUAGAAUGAAGCACCAUCUAGCUGGAACACACAAAGAAGUUGCUCUAUGCCAACAAGUGCCGGAAGAGAUAAGGGAUCUAUUUAAAAAAAUAUUAGAGGAUGCAAGAGAUGAUGAUGAACUAGAGUGCUUCGAUGAUAAAGAUUCACAAAAAAAAGGGAGCAUGGAUAGUUUUAUGAUAAAAGGAAAAGGUGGAAGUGGCUCAUCUGCUAUGAAACAACAAACUAUAAAUUCAAUGGUGAAGGAUAGAGAUUUGGUGGUUCGAGAUAUUUGUAGAUGCAUAUAUGGCAAUGCAUUGCCAUUUAAUUUAGUUAAGAGUCCACUAUUUAUUAAUAUGGUGAAGUCUAUUAGUGAAUAUGGCAGAGGCUUAAAACCACCAACUUAUCAUGAAGUGAGGGUGUCAUAUUUGAAGAAAGAAGUUGAUUUUGUCCAUACUAGUUUGGAUAAAUAUAAGUUGGAAUGGAAGAAAACUGGUUGUACAUUGAUGUCCGAUGGAUGGACUGAUGGAAAGGGUAGAUCUCUUACUAAUUUUCUUGUUAAUAGUCCUAGAGGGACUGUUUUUAUGAAAUCUGUUGAUACAAGCAGCUUUAUUAAAGAUGCUGAAAAAAUGUUUGAAUUACUUGAUGUGAUGGUGAUAGAAAUUGGAGAAGAGAAUGUCGUUCAAGUAGUGACAGAUAGUGCUUCAGCCCUUGUAUCUGUUGGACAAAAGUUGAUGGAUAAAAGAAAGCAACUCUUUUGGUCACCCUGUGCAGCCCACUGUCUUGAUUUGAUUUUGGAAGAUAUUGGUGGCAUUACAGUGCCGGAAGCCAAAUUUGCAGAAAAUGUUGUUUUGGCUGAUAAAAGGUUUUGGAAAUCAAUACAUUAUUGCUUGAAAAUUGUGUCUCCUCUUGUGAAAGUUCUUAGACUUGUGGAUGGUGAUUCAAAACCUGCAAUGGGAUACAUUUAUGAGGCUAUGGAUAGAGCAAAGGAAGAAAUAGCAAAGAGUUUUAAUCAUGAGGAAAAGAGAUAUAAGGAUGUAUGGGAAAUCAUUGACAAGCGUUGGGAUUUACAACUUCAUAGGCCUCUUCAUGCAGCCGCCUAUUUUCUUAAUCCAAAGUUCCACUAUGACACAAAGUUCAACCCAGAUCGCGAGGUUAAAACUGGCUUGUGGAAGACAUUGGAGAAGAUGUGUCCUAAUAUUGAAACAAGGAUUACAAUUGAUUCCCAAAUUGAGAAAUUUGGCAGGGCUGAAGGACUCUUUGGAAAUAGUUUAGCAAUUGCAACUAGAGCUAGGAAGCAACCUGCUUUAUGGUGGAAUAGUUUUGGAGACGACUGCAAAGAGCUGCAAACAAUAGCUAUUCGUAUCCUAAGCCUCACUUGCAGUGCUAUAGGGUGCGAGAGAAAUUGGAGUGUGUUUGAUCAAAUUCACUCUAAGAGAAGAAACCGUUUAGAGCAACAAAGUUGA